CUCCCCGGACCCUGCAGUCACUAUAUCUGGUCUCUCUGGACCCUGCAUUCACUAUAUCUGGUCUCCCCGGACCCCGCAUUCACUAUAUCAUGUCUCCCUGGACCCUGCAGUCACUAUAUCUGGUCUCCCCGGACCCUGCAGUCACUAUAUCUGGUCUCCCCGAACCUUGAAUUCACUAUAUCUGGCCUCCCCGGACCCUGCAUUCACUAUAUCUGGUCUCCCCGGACCCUGCAUUCACUAUAUCUGGUCUCCCUGGACCCUGCAGUCACUAUAUCUGGUCUCCCCGGACCAUGCAGUCACUAUAUCUGGUCUCCCCGAACCUUGAAUUCACUAUAUCUGGCCUCCCCGGACCCUGCAUUCACUAUAUCUGGUCUCCCUGGACCCUGCAUUCACUAUAUCUGGUCUCCCCGGACCCUGCAGUCACUAUAUCUGGUCUCCUCGGACUCUCCAUACACUAGAUCUGGUCUCCCCGGACCCUGCAUUCACUAGAUCUGGUCUACCCGGACCCUGCAUUCACUAUAUCUGGUCUCCCAGGACCCUGCAUUCAAUAUAUCUGGGCUCCC